GUCCCACUUAACACUGCUUACCUACCUAAGGAGGUAGGGGGGCAUGCAGAAUACAGACAGGUAAGUCAUGCAAGACUUACUUACGGCUCUUUCGAUGGGAUCCGGAGAGCUACUGUGUGCAACUAACUACUCAUGAUCUGAAACAACCAGGCAAAAGAAAGACCAACACGUCAGAUCCUAUGGCCGUCCGAAUUGUCGAGGUCGGUCCCCGCGAUGGCCUCCAAAACAUCAAAACAGCAAUCGACGCUUCGACAAAGCUAGAGUUGAUCCAAAGACUGCAGAAGGCCGGCCUCAACCGGAUCGAGCUCACAUCCGUGGUGUCCCCGAAAGCCGUCCCCCAGCUCGCAGACUGCCGCGAGAUCCUCUCAGCGUCCGUAAUUGCCGACUGGCUGCGGUCGAGGCCUAGUCUGCAUCUUCCCGUACUCGUUCCGAAUAUCAAGGGACUCCGUGUCGCUCUCGAGCACGGUGUCAAGGAGGUUUCCGUGUUUGUCAGUGCCUCGGAAGGGUUCAGCCGGGCCAACUUGAAUUGCAGCGUCGAAGAGGGUGUACAACGUGCCCGGGAGGUGGCGCGCGAGGCUAUUGCAAGCGGUGUCGCCGUCAGAGGAUAUGUCUCAUGCAUCUUCGCCGAUCCGUUCGAUGGCCCGACCCCUUCAUCUGCGGUUUACCGCGCCGUACGCGAUUUAAUAAAUAUGGGAUGCUAUGAAGUCAGUCUCGGGGACACGGUGGGUGUAGGAACUGCGCCGGACGUACGGAGGCUGGUUGAUUACUUGAAGAGCCACGGCAUCGAUCCCGAAACUCUUGCUGGCCACUUCCACGACACAUAUGGCCAAGCUCUGGCCAACGUCUGGACGGCGUACGAGUGCGGUUUGCGGACCUUUGACAGCAGCGUCGGCGGCUUGGGGGGGUGUCCCUUCGCCCCGGGAGCGAAGGGCAACGUAGCCACAGAGGACAUCCUUUACUUGUUCCGACAAGCCGGGAUCGACACCGGCGUAGACCUUGAGCAGGUGGCCGACAUCGGUGUGUGGAUCUCCCGAGUUCUGUCGAAACCAAACGACAGCCGAGCAGGAGCGGCUCUUGCCUCCAAAGCGGCUGUUUCAUCGAGGACAAUGACGGAUAGAACAACAGCAUCGGCCGUGAAAGUCGCCACCGAGCCGGAGACCACACUCGAAUGGAAAACGUUGAGAGACACGGAUAACAUCCGUGUCUGCCGGGCUGGCACGAAUGGCAACAUUGUGCUCAACUCGGCACGAAAUGGUAAUAUCCUCACGUUCCCAAUGAUAUCGGACAUCACCUCAGCGUUUCAGUCGUUCAAAGACGAUCCGUCGAUAUCCCGGAUCGUCCUCAGCGCAAACGGGAAGUUCUUUUGCACAGGCAUGGAUCUAAGUCAGGCGGCGCGGGCAUUCGGCCGAGGUGACGACGCGAGCACGAAACUCUACCAGGCGCUGACCGGGCUAUUCGAACUCGUAGACAGCUCCCCAAAGGUCACGAUUGCCUGCCUCAACGGGCCGGCCUUUGGAGGCGGCAUCGGGCUGGCUUUUGCAUGCGACAUCCGAAUCUCAAUCAGCUCGGCGACGUUCACACUGUCUGAGGUCAAGCUGGGGCUCUGCCCUGCCGUGAUUUCCAGGUACGUGGUUCGGGAAUGGGGGUUCGGGCUCUCGAGGGAGGCGAUGCUCACGGCGCGCCCCGUCUCGGCCCGGGAGCUGAAGGCUAUGGGUGCGAUUUCGCUGGUUGCCGAGACGUCCCGGGAGCUGGAGAGCACACUGAGAGACCUUCUCCUGAGUCUUAGGCACUCGUCGCCGAGAGGUUCCAGCAUGUCGAAAGAAUUGGUCAAGCUGGGCUGGGGCCACGGCGGGACGUCGGCGCAGCAGGAAGGUAUCUCGACGCUUUUCGAGUCGAUGAUGGAAGCGGGGUCGGACGCCGCGUACGGGAUUGGGGAGUUCCAACAGCGGCAUAGAGUAGAUUGGGAUUCUGUGAAUAAGGUUCCACAGGCAAAGCUCUAGCUGUGUAUCGGCUUUGUGCAACGUACCUCACGUAUUGUUGCAGGAGCAGUUGAGUGUAGACGGCGCUGUUUCUUACAAGCUUCGACAGUGUCUCCAUCUGUGCAGAGCCGGGUCUGCAAUAUUACAUGUUCAAUACCUACGUAUGAUACAGUGU